UGAAAGAAUCCAAGUACUCAUUCUUAUCACCAGAGAAUACGGCUGUGCAAAUGCCACCUCUCGCUGCUUACCUCACUACUAGGUGCACAGUAACACGAGCACGGACUAACAUGUUUGCUUUUCUACGCGUCCUAACAUAUAAUGUACUUUUCGCGUCCCAUCUACUUGGGUUCAGUGAGACACUCACCUUACACCUAACAGUCUCCUUCGAAAUCUAGAUUCUGAAAAUGACCGCAGCGAAGAUCGCAAUCGUUGGAGCCGGUCCUGCAGGACUCACUCUAGCUAGGCUCCUUCAAGUGAAUGACAUUGACUGUGUUGUAUUUGAACUUGAUGAAGAUCGACACAACCGCGGCCAAGGCGGUUCGCUGGACUUACACGAAGGCUCCGGUCAACUUGCGCUUCGCGCAGCUGGGCUCUUUGACGAGUUCAUGGCGGUAGCACGCCCAGAAGGCGAGGUACUGAAGGUCUAUAAGCCAGAUGGCCGUCUACUGCUAGAUGAAAGCACAGGACACGGUGGACGUCGCCCUGACUCAUUCAACGGCCGUCCUGAAGUCGACCGCGUUCAGUUACGGGACAUUCUCAUCGACUCCCUUAAACCUGGCACAAUCCAAUGGGGGCGGAAGUUGAGCACUGUCAAGACAACAGCAGGAGGACUCAAGUCAGCUUAUGAUCUGCACUUUUCUGACGGCACAGUAGAGCUUGGAUUCUCUCUUGUUGUAGGCGCUGACGGCACGUGGUCAAAGGUUCGGCCGUUAUUGUCUGACACCCGGCCGUUAUUCUCCGGCAUCAAUGGGAUUGAAGUCAAGUUGCCUAAUAUAGACUCGGCUGACCCCAAGCUCAGCAAACGUGUCGGACUGGGAAUGUGUCUGACGCUCGGGAGCAAUACAAGCAUCCUGUCGCAGCGAAAUGGCGACGGUUCCGUGCAGUCGUAUGCCUUUAUGCAGCUAACGGAGGAUUGGGCCGAGACUUGUGGUAUCGACUGGGGAAACCCUACGGAGGCCAAGAAGCAGUUCUUGGAUCUCUAUUACAAAGACUUUGAUGACGAUUCCCGAAAUCUCAUUCUUAAGGCUGACGAUGACUCGGUCACCCCUAGACCUAUGUAUAUGAUGCCUAUUGGACAUAAAUGGCCUCAUCGUGCUGGUCUGACUCUCAUUGGUGAUGCCGCCCACGUUAUGACGCCAUUUGCUGGAGUCGGAGUUAACGCCGCCAUGGAAGAUGCACUCCAGCUCUCACAAUCCCUCGUAGCCUUUAAUGAGCAGUGUGGUAAGACGGCAGUGAGUACGCACGAUCGUCUCCUGUCAAACGCCGUCAGGGAUUACGAAGAGGAGAUGUUUGUGCGAGUCUCCGAGUACGCAAAUGAGACCUGGAUGUACCUUAAUCUCUUCUUCCAUGAGCGUGGCGGAUACCCCAUGUGUGAACAUUUUGCCAACGCCAAAAAACAGCAGCAGACGGAAGCAGCCGGGGUAUAGACCGCUGACGUUGGAUCAUGGUGCAUCUCAGUUGUCUUUGUAUUAAUAGCAUUGCACAGCCUAUAAAAUUUCAGAUGCAUAUGAGACAUAACAAUCUUUUUCUGAG